UCUGCUGUCAUUCAUGGGGAUCAUGUAUGGAGAUGGAGACCGGCUCGGACCCCCCCGGAGGGACUGCACGUGUUACCUGGGACCCCCGACCAGCUUGAUUCCCAUCGGAAUGCGUAAAUCCCCCGAGGUGAGUCCCAGAAGGCUGUCCGACAUCAGCCCCCAACUCCGCCAGCUCAAGUACCUGGUGGUGGAUGAAUCGAUUAAAGAGGACCUGAAGUCAUCUCGAUCGGUUGAGGACAUCAACAGCGCGUCCAUCGAGGAGAGGAUCUUGAGAAUCACGGGCUAUUAUGGCUACCAGCCGUGGAAUGCCGUUUAUAAGAGGGAGGACCGGCCGAGGGAGAACAUCGUGGGCAACGCAGAUGGACAGGCGAUGGUGGGCGGAGCAGGGGUGGAGUCAGGGGCAGGGAGGCAGCGAUUACACUGCUGUGUUCGAGUGACAGCCAUCCAAGUGCGAAAAGCAAUAUGGGGCGUGGCCAUGGUGAUGUGUGUGUGCUCAUCAUGGGCAGGCUCCACCCAGCUGGCCAAGCUGACCUUCAAGCAGUACGACGCACCGUUCACUCUCACAUGGUUCACCACAACGUGGAACUGCCUCUUCUUCCCUCUAUAUUACAUCGGCCACCUGUGCAAGAGUCCUGAGAGACAGACACCAAAACAGAGGUUUAGAGAGUGCUGUCGGUUCUUCGGAGACGAUGGACUGACGGCGAAGGUGUUCUUUACUAAAGUGGCCCCUUUCGGCCUGCUGUGGAUUAUGACAAACUACCUGUACCUUCAGGCUCUGAGAAAGAUCAACAGCACCGAUGUAUCGGCCCUCUUCUGCUGUAACAAAGCCUUUGUCUUUCUGCUGUCCUGGAUCGUACUGCGGGAUCGCUUCAUGGGUGUCAGGAUUGUUGCUGCCAUUCUGGCCAUCGCUGGAAUCGUGAUGCUGACCUACGCUGAUGGCUUUCACAGUCACUCUGUUAUCGGCAUAACGCUUGUAGUGGCCUCUGCAUCUGCCUCUGCCCUCUAUAAGGUGCUCUUCAAGCUUGUCUUGGGCAGCGCCAAGUUUGGAGAGGCGGCUCUAUUUCUGACCAUUGUCGGAGGUGCAAACUUUGUCUUUAUGAGCUUUGUGCCAGUUAUACUGUACUUCACACAUGUUGAGUACUUCACAUCCAUAGCUGAUCUUCCCUGGGCCUGCCUGUGUGGAGUAGCUGGACUCUUACUAGCAUUCAAUAUUCUGGUGAAUUUUGGCAUUGCCAUUACAUACCCUACACUCAUUUCACUUGGCAUUGUGCUGAGUGUCCCAGUCAAUGCAGUGGUGGACCUGUACACCUGUGAUAUCCACUUCAACACAGUGCGACUCAUCGCUGUGUUCAUCAUCUGUCUGGGCUUCCUGAUGCUGCUGUUACCGGAGGACUGGGAUCAGUGUUUGAUUGAGCUCGGCACCAAACUCAGAAAGCGGGAACAGCCUGUUGAGCCGGCUGAGACUGGAACCAGCUCAGGACUCAACUGGACCCGACGGGCCAGGACCUCCAUUUCAACGUUUUCCCACUGACGCACUCACCUUCUCCCAUCCAGUGACUGGAUGAUACUGGGAAGAGCAUUCAUUCAUAAUAUUUCUCAGUCAAUGAGGUUCCAUAGGCCAUAAUUGACCAUAAUGCACAUUAUAACAAAAACUGUCCAAAAGCAUUUUUUUUUUUUGCAGUUCUCCCAACUGUAAGUGGAUUUGCUUGGUAAGUGGUAAGCUUGGGUCUUUAUUUGAAACUCAAGAGCAGGGGUCUCAAACUACCGAUCUAUGGGUCAAAUUUGACCCAUGAAAUGAGUCAAGUGUUAAUAGGCUAUCCUUAAAUCCAG